CUCCUCGGGAACAAGGCUGCCCUCUCUUGCAGAGCACCCUCGCAUCCCACUCCAAGAUGUCCUGCUACGACCUGUGCCCACCCAGGACCACCGCUGACCUGUGCCCAGUGCCCAGGACCAGCGUGGCUGUGCCCCAGCCCAUCGCUGAGAGCUGCAACGAGCUGUGCGCCCGCCAGUGCCCCGACUCGUCUGCCUUCAUCCAGCCCCCGCCUGUGGUGGUCACCUUCCCCGGCCCCAUCCUCAGCUCCUUCCCCCAGCAGGCCGUGGUGGGCUCCUCCGGAGCACCGGCCUUUGGCGGCUCCCUGGGCCUGGGCGGCCUCUAUGGCGCCGGCGCCACCCAGGCCUCGGGGGGCCUCUGCACCUUUGGCAGAGCCUACGCUGCUCCCGCCUGCAGCCCUUGCGCCCUGCCCCGCUACAGCAAGAAGCUCUGGGACACCUGCGGGCCCUGCUAG